AUGCAUUUCUCCAAGGUUGCGCUGUUUGCCUUGACUGGCCUCGCUGUGGCCCAUCCCGGUGCCCACGACCACAGCUCUUACACCAAGGUCACCAAGAGGGACUUUUUGCAAAACGCCCGCCGAAGCCUCGACCAGUGUGCAGACCACCUGGAGCGUCGGGGAAUCAACUCUCGCGCCGAAGCCCGCCGUGCUGCCCUCCUCAACGCCAACAAGAAGCGAGCCAUCUUCCCCCGCGAUACAGACAAGGUCGUGAACACCUCUCACCACUCCACCCUGAAGGUCACUUCCAACACCCCAGAGACAGACCUCUUCUCCCAGAACCCCACCUGCAUCCUCUCCCCUGAAGGAGAAGUCGGACCCUUCUGGGUAAAGGGCGAGCUGAUCCGCAACGACGUACGCGAUGGCCAGGCUGGUAUCCCAAUCAUUAUCGACGGCCAAUUCAUCGACAUCAACACCUGCGAGCCAAUCCAGGACCUGUACUGGGACGUAUGGAACUGCAACUCCACCGGCGUCUACUCGGGAGUCCAGAGCGACAUGAACGGCAACGGGAAUGACGCCACAAACCUGGACAAGACCUUCCUGCGUGGUAUCCAGAAGACCGACUCUGACGGCGUUGCCCAAUUCAAGUCUCUGUUCCCAGGUCAUUACUCUGGCCGUGCUACCCACAUCCACGUUAUUGCCCAUACCAAUGCUCAUGUCCUGCCCAACAACACUCUGACUGGUGGCCAUAUCUCGCAUAUUGGUCAGCUGUUCUUUGAUCAGGAUCUUAUUACCAAGGUUGAGUCUACCUACCCGUACAACACUAGCACUGUGGCUAUCACCGAGAAUGGUGAUGACCAUGUUGUUCAGGUUGAGACUGAAGACUCGAACUCUGAUCCUUUCUUUGAGUAUGCUUAUCUUGGUGACUCUAUUGAGGAUGGUCUUUUGGCUUGGAUUACUAUGGGUGUCAAUGUGUCUGCUAGCCACGAUUCGGAUGCUAGCUAUGCUGCUAGACUCACUGCUUCAGGUGGUGUGAGCUCAGGAAGCUCAAACUCUUUCUAA